AUGGCCGCUUCUUCUUCUUCCCCCUCAUUCAUUCCUCUGCUCCUCCUCUUCCUCACCGUCGCCGUGGAGACGAGACCUUCACCUCAGCGAGACAACAAACAGGUCUUAGACUCUCUGUUUGGCUCUCAUCUCUCGUCUCUCAUCUUGGCCCCGCCCACCUCUGAUGACAUCACAGAGGGGUCGGGUAGACGCCCCGCCUCCUCGUCGCCCUCCCACGGUGCUGCGAGGGGAUUGGUUGGCGGGAGGCGGGAGGCGGUCCCUCGGUUCUUCCUGGACUUCCUGCAGCGGCAGAACAAGAUGAGGAGGCGGAGCCGCAAGUCCAUGGUGGGGGGGCGGGGCUGCUUCGGGAUGAAGAUGGACCGCAUCGGCUCCAUCAGCGGGCUGGGCUGUUAG